AUGACACAAACAACACAAGAUCAACAAAACGAAUUACAAAAUAAUUCGUCCACUUCAACUUCAACAUCCAAUGUUGAAUUCGCACCCAAUAACAACAACGAACUUCCUAUAACCAUCACCGCCGCCUCCUCAUCCUCCUCUUCCACUAUAACUUUAAUAGCUCAACAUUCGACUCAACCCGAGAUUUCUAAUUUAGUUUAUAAUGCAAUUAUAGCAAAUGAUAUUUAUGGAUUGGGUAGAAUACUAAGAGAAAAUCCUGACUACGACAUUAACACAUUGAUUACUAAUGAAAUCACUGCCGAUGAAAAUAAUCGCAAGGGUAAAAAUGUUUAUUUGACUCCUUUGAUGAUUUCUUGCACUUUGAAUUAUGUCGAUAUUACCAGAUAUUUACUAAAGAAAGAAAAGAUUGGGAUUGAUCUACAAGAUAAAAAUGGAAGAAGUGCAUUAUUUCAUGCAACUCAUAACGGAAACUCAGAAAUCGUAAAACUGCUAUUACAGUAUAAAGUAAACGUUAACAUCACCGAUAAACAUGAGAUGUCUCCAUUAUUAGUGGCGGCAACUUAUGGACACACCUCAAUAUCUAGAAUGUUGUUAGAGGGAGGGUUUCAAAUUGAUGUUGAUUAUCAAGAUGAAACUGGUAAAACUGCAUUGGCGUUAGCUUGUUAUCAAGGUCAUACAAGCACUGUUGAAGUACUGAUAAAAAAUGGCGCAAAUGUCAAUAUUGUUGACAAGUCGGUUUUGUCAGCGCUGAAAGGCGUUGACGAGAAUGAUAUAUCAUCAAAUUUCCAUUAUGACAAAGAUUCAAAGAGAGUUUCUUUUUUCGCUAACGGUAAUAGACGCUCAAAAAGAUACAGCAGUCAAAAUAUUCAUAGCAUUUCUAGUUUAAAUCGUCAGAAUGAUCAAGACGAUUUGAUCGUGACAAGAUUACAAUCAAAUAAUAAUUAUAGAGAUUCUCUUGAUUAUAAAUCAAUAGCGGAAUCUAUGAAGCAUAACAGCAGAACCAUAAGCGCAGGUGAACGAUUACGUGACGAAAUGAAACCACGUAAAGAGGGUACUAUUUGGUCUUUCAUCACCCUCAUCCUCACCUUCUACAUACCUGACUAUUUGUUAAUCAGGUUUGGUAAAUUAGCAAGUGAAGCAUCUCGCCAAGCUUGGAAAGAAAAAGUAGCAACGUGUCUUAUAAUCAUCAUGGCGGUAGUUGCGACGGCUCUUUUAACAAUAAAUUUGAGUUUUGAGUUUUGUAAUACUCCUAUACCUAUACCAAAAGACAUGAUUCAAAAUUCUUGGUCAGCGACCGGUUCGGAUAGUCAUAGAGUAAUGAUCGUCAGGGGUAAAAUUUAUGGCGUUGGUGAUUAUUUCAAUAUGGAUCUGCAUCGACCUGUUUCUCCUCCUCAAACCAAUGCAACCUUAACACCUUUCAUUCAAAGUUUUUAUGGUCAAGAUGCUACUAAAUUUUUUCCAUUAGAUGGUGCUUCAAUUGGUUGUAAUUAUUCACCUGUAAUUAACAACCUUUGUGGAUUUAGUGACAGUGAAUUGAACGAUGGCAAAUUUCAUUGCCAUUCAUCAAAAAAAUCUCUUGACUCUCUUAAAGCUUUAUACACCAAUCUCCACGUUUCUGUUCCAUGGGAUGAAAUCAAAAAUGCUGCUAAUAACAUAACCAAUAACAAAUACAUUCUAUACGAUUCGCUUGUUUACAACCUAACUGAUUAUUUAUCAGACAAUAACAAUAAUUUAUGGUUGGGAAAAGACGAUAAUUCAAAAACACGUUACAAGUCGUUACUAAACUCAAUAGCAAACAAAGAUGCAACAUUAGCCAUUAAUCGACAAACAGAAUUUACCGAGAUACUACCUUGUUUAGAACAUUUUAAUAUUGGAAGAUUAGAAGGCGUUAGCAUAAUUUACAAUUUCAUCAUAACAAAAAGAAUGAUAAAAACAGACGAUAGCAAACCCGUCAAAAAUUUAAUUGUAAUGGUACCUUGUUAUUCAGAAUCUUCAGAAGCAAUAUCAUCUGCUUUGAAAUCAUUAGCUGUGGCAGAUUAUCCCGAUCAAAAUAAAUUAUUGUUUAUAAUCGUCGAUGGUAAAAACAUUAUUGGAAAACAAAACAAUAAACCGACAUCAGAAAUAGUAAAAGAUUUAUUAGAUUUGAGAGAAGACAAAAAAUUCCAAAACAAAAAAGAAUCAACAAUACCUGAAGAAGGGGAGAUGGAAGAAAAUGAACCUCAGCCAUUAAGUUACACAUCAAUUGCCAAAGAAAAAGGCAACGUCACUGCACAUAACAUGGCACAAAUUUAUUCUGGAUAUUAUAGAUACGAGGAUAGAUCGGCUCCAGCAAUAUUGGUGGUAAAAUGUGGUACUCCUGAAGAAAGAGAGGCAAACAAGAAUUUACAGAAUGAUAGAUCUGGAAAUAGAGGAAAAAGAGAUUCGCAAUUGAUAUUGUUCAAUUUGUUGAGAGUCUCCUUUAAUAAUUCACCAAUGACAAAGUUAGAUUUUGAAUUGUUUGAAAAAAUUCGUUCCAUAACAAAUGGUUUAACUGUAGACGAUUAUGAAUUAAUGACGAUGAUCGAUGCUGACACCAUAGUUGAUGAAAAUAGUUUAAAAUAUCUAAAAAAUUACAUCGAUAAUGAUGAUGACGUAAUCGGUAUAUGUGGUGAAGCACAAAUUGCUAAUAAAACCGCUAGCUUUGUUACAAUGAUACAGUUACAAUAUGGGUAA